AUGGCCACCAACAAGAAGUACACAGGAAUUCCCUCUCCAGGCGGACGCCAAGUGAUUAUCGCUGUUGACGGUUCGGACCACGCAAAACAUGCCUUCCGCUGGUACCUCCAAUGUGCUCGAAUGCCGGAGGAUGGUGUUACCUUUCUCCAUAUCUUUGAGGCACCGUCGUUAAAUGUUUUCAGUCUCACCAAUCCCGGUUCGGUACCAGUGGAGGAAUGGGGCCGUAGACUUCGUGAUAGAGUCGAAAAGGCACGACGACUGGAAGAGGACUAUUUAGCCGAGGGCCAAGCUGCAUCCCUGAACUGCGCCUUCUUGAGUAAACCUGCCGAGAAGAUUGGGGAGGGCAUCAUACGCAUUGCUCAAGAGAUGGACGCUCACCUGAUUAUCAUGGGAACGCGGGGACUGGGUCCGGUCUCUCGUGCUCUCCUUGGCAGUGUUAGCGAUUUUGUCAUUCAUCAAGGAGUGGUUCCGGUCACUGUGGUGCCCAAUCCAAAUUAA